AGCAUGGCUCUCUUCGACCUCGUGUAUCGGAUCCCCGUCUUCGUAGCGAUCGCAGUCAUCUGCGUCCUGGUAUGCCCCACAAGUUUCUUGCUCAUCGCAUUGGGAGGCUGUCUGUAUCGGUGGAAGACAGCAUGGCUCUUCAUUCGGACGCUACCUCGCGACGCCGCAGCCUUCAAGAGAUUUUUGCAACUGAUCAUCUUCGUGAGACUUACACAGAUACGCGACAAGACUCCGGCAAGAUUUUUCGCUGAAAUUGCGAAGAAGCAGCCGAAAAGGCCGAUGCUCAGAUUCGGCGAAAGAACGUGGACCUUCGGGGAAGCGGAUCAAUUCACGAAUCGCGUAGCGAAUUUCUUCACGUCGCGCGACUUGAAAGCCGGAGACGACGUCGCGCUCGUGAUGGAAAACCGUCCAGAGAUGGUCCUCAUGUUCCUCGGACUCGCGAAGAUCGGAGUGGCGACAGCUUUGGUGAAUACGAAUCUGCGGAAAACUCCUCUCCUGCAUUCGAUCUCGAGCGUGAAAACCAAAGCCGUCAUAUACACUCCCACGACCUCCGACUCCCUGUUGGAAGUGAAGGACGAACUGAAAUCGCUCGCGAACUCGGGCGUUCAGAUGCUCUGCUACGGAAGUCAUGAAGAUAUGGCCGAUCUCAAUGCGACCUGUAUCGAAGAUUUGAUUCCUGAAGCAAGUCCCGAAGAACCGGCGUACCGGGGAAAAGUAACCGACCGUCUAGUCUACGUUUUCACCUCAGGAACGACGGGUUUGCCGAAAGCAGCUAUUGUGAAAAACUAUCGCUUCAUACUCUGCGGCGCUGUCGUCAAAUACCUCGCGGGCGUCACACCGGACGACGUCCUCUACGCGUACCUCCCACUGUACCAUGCAUCCGGUGGCUUGAUGGCUAUGGCUCCGGUGGUCCUGUUCGGGAGCACAAGUGUCAUAGCGUCGAAGUUCAGUGCCUCGAAGUUUUGGAGUGAGUGUAAGCGAUACCAGUGCACCGUCACUCAAUACAUCGGCGAAAUCUGUCGCUAUCUGCAUUUGCAACCUCCAAGGCCCGAAGAUACGGAUCAUUCGAUUCGCAUGAUGUUCGGCAACGGAAUGAGACCCUCGCUGUGGCCGAAGUUCAUCAAACGCUUCAACAUAGACGAUAUCAAAGAGUUCUACGGGUCGACCGAAGGCAACGCCAACACCAUGAACCUGGACAAAACCGUGGGAAACAUGGGCUUCAUCCCCACGAUCUGUCGUCUGAGUACGACCGUCGCGGCGUUGGUGUGGAAUCGAUUCCUAAUCAAAGUCGACCCCGAAACGGGCAAACCUCUGAGAGGCCCAGACGGGCUUUGUAUCUUGUGCGGUCCCAAUGAGCCCGGGGAAUGGGUAGCCACCAUCAACAUGAAGAGACCCGAGCUCGCGUUCGACGGCUACACCGACAGAGGGUCUUCGUCGAAAAAAACCUACAGCGACGUGGUGAGGAAAGGCGAUCUAUUUUUUGGCACGGGGGACAUUUUGGAGUACGACGAGCUGGGCUACUUGUCGUUCAAGGACCGCACUGGAGACACGUACAGAUGGAAAGGAGAGAACGUGUCCACGACAGAAGUCGAAAACGUUAUCAAUAAGUACUCGAUCAUGAACGAUUGCGUCGUUUACGGUGUCUCUGUUCCGGGUGCGGAGGGUAAGGCAGGCAUGGUUGCUCUACUUGAUCCAGACCUGGAAUACUCUAAAGGAGAAAACCUGGCGCACUUGUUGGAGAAGAUGAGGAGUGAACUACCCGCUUACGCGAUUCCGAUCAUGGUUCGUUUGACUAGAGAACUCGAAGCCACCAGCACCUAUAAAUUGCCAAAGACAAGACUUGUCAAGGAGGGUUUCGAUCUCACGCAAGUGAAAGACCUACUCUACGUUCUUGACAUUUCGAAAAAGCAGUAUGUGCCCUUCAACGAGGAUAUUCUAGAGCAGAUGCACAAAGGGGUCUGGAGGCUCUGAAAAGAGCAAGUACCUAUUUUGUGUAUACAUCCGGACACGUAGAUCCUUCUCGGUGCUCGGAGUGUUUAUCUUCGGCGAGACCUGUUCAAGUUUGUGAAUAAUAAUUGUAUACACUUAGCAGGAGACGAAAGCUCAAAAAUAUAUGUUUU